GUUCCUUAUUGGCAAAUGCCAGAUUGACUCCACAAACACAGAGAUUCGAAUGACAACAAACAUCAUGGGGAAAGACAGCGAAAAGAAGAUCUACGUAGUCACCGGUGGAAAUAGGGGGCUUGGUCUUGGACUUAUUAAGGCACUUCUUAUUCGCGACAAUACGACUGUUAUCGCAACCGUUCGCAACGAACAUGGCAUUUCAACCAUUACCGAUGAGACUAAACUGGUUAAUAAGGGGUUAGGCAGUACCCUCCUGAUCACAACGUUGGACUUCUCAACGACUCUCUCCCUUGCCAAAGUUAGAGAUGCCUUCAAAUUCGAUAUAGAUCAUAUCGACGUUCUCAUUAAUAAUGCUGGAGGGGCCCCGCCUAUGGUACCAGCGGCCGAGACAACGGCAGAAGAUUUACGUACUGCCUUUGAAGUCAAUACGAUUGCUCCUCUGAUGGUAUUCCAGGCACUAUGGCCACUGCUUCAGAAUUCACCUUCGCCGAAGCUUGUGAUGAUUACAUCUUCAGUUGGUAGUAUUGGGGAGAUGGAACCUGUACCCGGUGGCGCCUAUGGCCCCAGUAAGGCAGCUCAGAAUUGGCUCACCAAAGCCUUGCAUUUGGAAAAUAAAGACAAGGGCCUCAUUACAAUUGCGCUGCAUCCAGGUUGGGUACAAACGCGUGCGGGUCAAUUUGUUGCUGAUCAAUGGGGGUUUGCAUCUGGUCCUCCAGAUACGAUUGAGGCCAGUGUAGAUGGGAUGCUUAAGAUUAUUGAUGAGGCAUCAGAGGAGACGUCGGGAAGGUUUAUCACUCAGAAGGGUCAAAUUUUGCAGUGGUAGAUGCCUCUUGCAUGAUUCUGGUUGGUUUCAAUAGCUUAGAAUGGGCUAUCAUGACCAAUAAGUGAAUAUGAGUAAUAUCGCAGCGAUUUUACCUGUAGAUACGAUCCAUUUAGUGCCCUGAAUCCAUUCGCGGAUUAUAUCUCUUUAG